AUGAAAUUACUUGCCAAACUCAAGCCAACUUCGGAUCAAAACAAGAUAAUCUUUCCCAAUCUUUCCAAAACUCUGCUCACUCAUGAAUUAAAAUCCAUUCCCAUCACCAAUAAUCAACUUGUUCCCUAUGUCAAAGCAAUAGAAUUCAAUCAUGAUCGAACACUACUAGCAAUUUCUUCCUAUGAAGGUUUUAUUAAAGUAUUCAGAGUUAGAGUUACAACAACAGGUGAAUCAAAUAGUGCUGAUGAAUUACAAUUACACUAUACCUUUACUAUUGAACCGAAAGCACCUAUUCGAUGUUUAAAAUUUAUUAAUCAAUUGAAAUAUAUUGUUUGUGGUACUGAUAGGGGAAAUGUACAUGUUAUUGAUUAUGAAAAUGAUUUAGAAGUUGUUAGAGUGCCUUUUGGUGAAUAUGUUAGAUGUCUAAUGGUACAUCCUAAAUAUCCAUUCAUUAUGGCAGGUGGUGAUAAUGGAAAAAUUUUAUUGUGGAAUUGGGAGAAGAAGUUUGCUGUUGAACACGUCAUGUCAAAUGUUAGUUUAGAUCCAAAAAAAUAUGUCAUGUCCAUGUCUAUGAAUUGUUUCAAUACAGAUAUUGUAAUUUCAGGUUCUUUGAAUUCAACAGUUACUGUGUGGAAUAUUCCAUUUAAGCAAUUGAGUGAAUAUAGAGAAACAGAUUCAGAUAAGAGUCUUUUCAAAAUAUCGAGCAAACCAAAACCAAGUAGCAAAAAGAUCAAGACAAAAUCUCCAGUCAACUGUGUAGAUUUUUACAGAGGAAAUGAUUACAAUAGAAGAAAUUGGUUUGUUGCCUCGUUUGAUGAUGGAAGCACUCAAAUAUUUGACUGUGACUCUGGAGAAUGCAUUGUGAAAUUAUCUCAAAUUCAUCCAGAACCUGUGACAACAUGUAUCUUUGAGGGUGAUUUCAUAUUUUCAGGAUCAGAGGAUGGCCUUGUAGAUAUGUAUUAUACAACUGCUGGUUUUAAACACGUUAGAAAACUACGAGCAACUCCAAAAGUGUGGUGUAUUCAAGUUGACAAGUGUGUUGAAAAUUGUGAAAAAUUAAGGAAUGAAACUCUACUAAAAGUUGCAAUAGGAACCACAGCUUCUUCAGCCUAUUUUACUUUGAAAAAGGUAUUAGAAGAGUAUCCUGUAUUGAAAAUUAAUCAUAAUCCCAAGCUUUUUGAUGUGGAAAUUGUAACAAAAUCCUCUGAUGUAUUAAUUAUGGGAUCAUUCAAAUAUUAUAUGAAACUAGCGGAAACGGAUGCUCAGGCUCAAUACCACGUUGGAAUAAUGUUGAAAAAUGGGCAAGAUGUUCAACAGGAUCAAAGAGAAGGUUUUCAAUGGUUAUUGAAAGCUGCCAAGAAUGAUAACUCACUUGCACAAUUUGAGGUUGGAAUGUUUUUUCUCAAUACUGAUAAGAAUUAUGAACGUGCCCACAAAUGGCUGUCGAAAUCUGCUAACAAUGGACAUGAUGAGGCCCAAUACCAAAUGGCACGCAUAUUUAAUGAAGGAAUUUGGGUAAAGAAAGAUUUUGCACAGGCAUUUGAUUGGGGUUAUAAGGCAGCUCAACAACAUCAUACUAUGGCAAUUCAAUUUAUCAUUGAUUGCUUUAAUUAUGGAGUUGGAGUGAAGAAAAAUUUAUUGCAAGCUAAAUUGUGGAUGGAAAAAUUAAACCAUCCAAAGCAGAAAUUCAAGAGAUUCCAUAAUGCUUUUGAAACUUUUGGAACUGAACAUGAUAGGUCAUUAAUUGUGAAUGAAAAUGAGUUCUGCUAUAACCCAAAAGCAACUGGAGAGUUUAAACCUGUUGGCCAAUAUUUGGAGAAAGAUUUAUCAACUCUAUUGACAAUAGAAACUGAGCACGAGAAGAUUACUAACGACACAAUUGCAUUCUAUAACUGUUUCCUUCAAUUCAAUAUCAUCCAAAGUCCUCCAAUAGAGAAGUAUUAUCAAAUAUUGGUAUCAUUGUUCGAAUUGGCCAAUUAUCUCCAUAAUGAUGAAUGCAAAGGACAAAUACUGAAAGUGUCUAAUCCAAUUCUGCGAUGUUUCUUACUAGAUAAGAUGAAACUCAUGAAUUCUACAUUCAUUGAUAUUCUACACUGUUUUAUUGUGAAUGAGGAUUUGAAAGCACUUGAAUUACCACUCUACCUCAUUAAAUAUGUAAUGAAUGGUAAAAAUAUUGAACUAUUUGCAAAAUGGAAGUUACUAAAUAGUGGUUAUCAAUAUGAUAGUCCAUUGAAUGAUAUGAAAAUUGAUGGAAAUCAACUAUUAGCCAAAUACUCAUUCAAUACCAAUAAGAUGGAGUCGUUUAAAUGUAUUCCAGAUUUCUUGACCAUUCAACACAAGGAUGGAGAAGUGAUCAUUAGUAACAUUAUUUCUAAUAUGCGGAUUUUUAUUGAAUUCAAAGGAUUGGAAAAUGUUGGAUAUCAUAUUUGUAUGUCAAAUGCAAAUGAAACUGUCAAAUUGACCCCUUUAAUAGAAUAUUUCGAAAUGAGAGGUGUUCUUUCUUUUGAAAAUUAUCAGGAAUGA